AUGUAUAAGAAAAGAUAUAUAAAUCGAGGAGGGUCUCGAGGAGGCCGAGGUGGUAGUGCAAGAGGUAGAGGAGGAAGAGGAUAGAGCUAUCAAAGAGGAGGAGGUGGCUAAGUUUAUCAAUAGUACGCACCCAGAGACUAAUAAUAGCAGUAAAAUUAUGGUGGAUAUUAUGAUCAGAAUCAAAGAUCAUCAUCAUAUUAAGAUUCUUAUUACCAAGAGGGUGUAGAUACCUACGGAUAAGAGUAUGGAGACUAUUACGAUGAAUAUCCAGGUUCUUCUCAGCAAUAGAUGACUGAGCAGCAAUACCUUUAGAUGAAAAAAGAAUAAGAAGAGCAAGCAAGUUAUGCGGGAAAGUAGGAAUAAACAUAAUAUCAAUCUCACAGAAAAGUUGUCAAUGUUGAAAGUAAUGUUCAGUCUCAGUAAUAUUAGGCAAAGCAAGCUUAUUAGACUGAUUCAUUAAAUCAAUCUUAGUACCAGCCCAAAUAUCAAGCUAAAGAUCAAAGUACUCCACAAUUAAAUACUUAAUCAAGUGUAUUUGUGCCUAAGAAAAAAACUCAAGAUAGUCAAAGUUAUCCUCAGGAAGAUCAAUAUACAGCAACUCAAUAAUAUUCUUAACCUCAAACUGCUCAGGCAAAGUACUUACCUAAGGAGUAAACUCAAUCCUACUAGAAAUCUAGCCAAUAUGAUGCACCUAAAGAUCAACAGAGUUAUUAACCUAGAUAUUAGCAGAAAUAGUAAUAUGAAGAGUCAAAGUAAUCAUCCUAUGAUAACUAUGGCUAACCUUAAUAUGAUGAUUAUUAUGAUAGCGGCUACAAUUAUCAGCAGAAUUAGCAAUAUUAGUAUUAAGAUUAUGAUUAAUACUAUCAAGGGGACAAAGGAGCUGAAUAAAAUGAAAAUUAUCAGAAUGAUUAGUUUUACGAUGACUAUUACUAGGAAGUAAAUAAAAGAGGAUUAGAUGAUUAUGGUGACUAUGGAAACGAAGGCGGGGUCUUUGAGGAUUUUGAAAAUGAUUACUAUAACGAAACAGAUACUUAAGUUUCCCGUGAUGCUAUAAGCACCACAUAGUCACAAUACUCCUCUAGAACUGUUUCUCAAAAGAAUGAGCCAAUUGCAAAAGAUGAGUAAAAGUAAGAGAAACCUCAGAAGAAACCUAUAGCUUAGGUAUAUGAAAAAGAGAAAUAUCAAAGAGGCGGCAAAUAUUAAAAACCAAUUAAGGAAUAAUAGGAUACUCAUAAAGGUGGUCAAAAUAGAGAUAGAGAACAUAGGAGCCAAAAAGAAAGAUAUCAACAAGAAGAGUAAGAUAACUCCUAGAACUAAGUCUAGCUUAAUGAAAUAUCAAACUUAAAUUAUGCUUAGGGCCAUAGAUCAGAGCACGUUAACAGUCCAUGCGUUGUGAUGAUGGUUGCUGAGAAACCAUCGAUUGCUCUCUCAAUUUCUGAAGCUCUUUCUAAUAAUUUCGUGAAGAAAAAUGGGGUUGCUAAACAAUGCCCAGUUUAUACUUUCAAAGGCAAUUUCCAAGGACAGUAGGCUUCAUUUAGAGUUACUUCAGUUGCUGGCCAUGUUUACAAUAGAGAUUUCCCAUUAGACUAUUAAGAUAGAAGAAUGGAUCCCAAAUCACUCUUUGAAGCACCUACAGUAAGAAGAUUAGACAACUCUUCAAGAAUUAUAGCUAAGCAUCUCUAAGCUGUUAGUAGUGGAAUCGAUUAUAUGGUUCUGUGGCUUGAUUGUGACAAAGAAGGUGAAAAUAUUUGCUUUGAAGUUCUAGAUAUCUGCAGGAGAAAUAUCCCUAGUUCAAAAAAACAAAGAGUUUUUAGAGCUAAAUUCUCAUCCAUUGCAAAGAAAGAUAUCUAAGCAUCGUUCGAUGCUCUUAAAUUUGAACCUUCUUAUAAUGAGAGUGUGAGUGUUGAGGCCAGAUAAAUUAUGGACUUGAAGAUUGGAGUUGCAUUCUCUAGAUUUCAAACCUAAUAUUUCGCCCAUUUACUCAGAGGCUAAUCUGAAAUAAGAAUGAUUACAUAUGGACCUUGCUAGACUCCGACUCUUGGAUUUUGUGUUGAUCAAGCUGAGAAGAUCAAGAAAUUUAUUCCUGAGCCAUAUUGGUCAAUUGAAACUGUUAUUGGGGAUAGAGUUUAUGACAAGACUUAUUAUCUCAAAUGGUAAAGAGGCAAAAUCUAUGACAGAACAAUCACCUCUAUAAUUCAUGCAAGAAUUCUAGGAAUCCAAACUGCUGAGGUCAUUGAUAUCAAGAAGUCUAAUGCUGUUUAGGGAAAGCCUUAAGGAUUAAACACUGUUAAGAUGCUUAAAGUUGCCUCAAAAACUUAUGGAAUGAGUGCACAUGAUACAAUGAAAAUAGCUGAACACCUUUAUCUAAGAGGAUUUAUUACAUAUCCUAGAACUGAAUCUACUACUUAUUCAUCAAACUUCAACUUUAAAGAAAUCUUGACCUAGCAUAUGUCACAUCCUGAUUGGGGAAAUUACGCUUAAAUGCUUUUGAAUGGUGGAAUGGUAAAGCCAAAGAAAGGAGUAGAUGCUGGAGAUCAUCCUCCAAUUACACCUGUCAAGAGUGCCACUAAAUCAUAGUUAGGCGAUAGAGAAUGGAGAUUGUAUAACUUUAUCUCCAGAAAUUUCUUUGGAUCAAUUUCUCAUGAUGCUUCAUAUGAGCAAGUAAAGGUCUUAUUCUAGGUAGGCCAAAAGGAUAGUGUAAAUGAAAUUUUCAAACUCAAGGGUAACAUUUUAAAAGAAGAGGGAUUCCUUGAAGUAAUGCCAUGGCUACUGCAAAGUGACAAAGAAAUUCCUGUUUACAAGAUGGGAUAGUAAGUAGAUAUCAAAGCCAUAAGAAUUACAGAGGGGAAAACAUAAGCUCCUGGCUACUUAACUGAGGCUAAAUUAAUCUCUCAAAUGGAAAAGCAUGGAAUAGGCACAGAUGCUUCAAUUCCAACUCACAUCAACAAUAUCAUUGAAAGAAAAUUCGUGACAGUACUAGACCCUGGUCGUUAACUCGUUCCUACACCAUUAGGUCUAGCUUUAGUAAAAGGAUACUGCUAAAUUGAUCCAGAACUAGUUUUACCCUCAAUCAGAUAAAAUAUUGAAAAAAGCUGCGAAUUAAUUGCUAAAGGUAAAGCUGACUUUAACAAAAUUCUGUCUCAUGUUUUAAACAUGUUCAAGAAAAAGUUUGAGUUUUUCAGAGCAAACAUUAUUAGCAUGGAAAAAAUACUAGCUUUAAUGCUUAAGAGCUCCAGAGGUCUUGCUUCAAAUGAAUUCCUUCUGAGUAACAAGAUCAAGCAUGAUGAUAGCAGUGAUUUUAGAAAGACUGCUUUGAAUUUCUGCAUUAAAUGUUUCAAAGGCCAUUUGCACUUGCAAUUCCAUUCAAAGAAAGGUUGGGGAUUAAAAUGCUACGAUUGCAAUUUCAGAAUUGGAGUUCUGUAAGGAGCAGCUAGAGUAUUAAAAGAGGAUAAAAAGUGUGAUGAAUGUGAUUCAUAUUUGAUUUCAGCUACUUAUACAAAAGAUUCUCCUUUCCCAGGCAAAAGAUCAGAACACACUGGGUGCAUCCUUUGUGACUCGUUACUUAAUUCAACUAUUAUUACCUUCCUGUCAAAGAAACCUAAGAAAUUACCAGAAGAGAUGAAUGAUGAGGAAAGAAAAAUAUAUGAGGAAAAGAAAAAGAAGAUGGAUGAUAAGAAAAAGGCAAAAGAACUUAGAAAGAUCGAGGAAGCCAAGUAGGACAAGACUAAGAAAGAUGAAUCAAAAGCAAAUGAAGAGUAAAAGAAAAAGAACAAGAAGAAGAAGGGUGGAAUGGGCAAUCAAAUGACUCAGCAAGAGUUGAUGAACGAAUUCAUUAAGAAGUAGUUGCAAGGUAAUUGA